AUGUCCUCCAGAUACGGCGGCGGGCACCUCCACCAGCGAGAUGCGCGCUCACAGCUCUUCGACAACGCCGGCGGCUCUAGCUACGGCUACGGCUACGGCUAUCCCGGCGACGGCCGUGGGGGGUCAGCCUCGCCCCGUGUCGCGAGCGCAUACCGUCCCGCGACUCCAAACGCCCGUGGCCAGUACAGCGCCAGCGUGCUCGAGGAGCUCGAGAGCCAGAAUGAUGCGCAGGUCGAGGGUCUGAGCGCCAAGGUCAAGAUGUUGAAAGAUAUUACGGAGGCGAUUGGGGAGGAGGUGCGGUCUUCGUCGACGCUGAUGGCAUCGAUGAAUGAUUCGUUCGACAACACGCGCGCAAAGCUGCGCGGGACAAUGAGCAACAUGAUGCGCAUGGCGAAGCGGACGGGCGUGGGAUGGAAGGCGUGGCUGCUGUUCAUCUGUGCGGUGGUCUUCACAUUCUGGUAUGUUUGGCUCUUUUAA